AUGGCAGUCAGGAUUGAACGCUUUCUCAACACCACCGGAUUCUUCUUCUUCGCCCUCAUCUUGGUCUGCCUCAUUCUCCUCACUCCGGCGGAUGCCAUAUACCAAUGCUACGAAACGAACCGACUCACCAACAUCUUCUUCAUCACCGGCGCAUACAUAAUCACCUUUAUACUGGCAGCUCUCAUCUACGCGACGCGAAUCUACACGAAUCGGAAUGCGCUGACUGGAAUCCCAAAGGCCUGGAUUCCAGUAGAGAAAGAAGAUGUCAACAAGAGCGUCAGACGACUGGUGAAGGAAGGACUCGCCCGGAGCGCAGUCAUCGCUUAUCAGGCUCGCCCACGCGACGUGUCGACCGAUGAAGACAGCUUCCGGAGGUAUAAAUCGCUUCUCAUCGAUUCAGAGAAACCUCCGUGGGGUCAUGUCGAACAUCCCGGCUGGUCAUCACCUGCCUCCCCCGACUUGCCAGAUUUGCCGUACCGCACGGUGAUUCAAGAGCUGCCCAGCUUGAUUGAAGCCAAAGCUGUAUCGCUCGCCCCGGCCGAUGAAUUGUCCCCCACACCUCCGGACCCGUUCGGCCUCACCCAUGACCUGACCACGCAAUCACUCCCAGACACGCGUGUGGUAGAGGUGCUGCAACGCCCAGCUUCAAUGGGCUUGCGAGAAUAUAUCCGACAUCUGACGUCUCUGGGUGCCAUCUACCCUCCGGAAUUAGGCGUCGAAUUUUUGUCCCUGUACGAAGCUGCGCGAUUCUCACCGCGCGAGCUUCAUGAGGUAGAAUUUCGUGACCUGAUGCAUCUUUUUGCAGAGAUCCUCAGGGGUAUGACAUCUCUUGCCCCACCUAUCAUCGAGGAGAUCCGAGACAGCGCCAGUUACCGACGUGCCGAAAGCGAGUCGCUCAUUGGGCCGUCGGAUGAAGAGGGGGAAACCGAUACAGUCGAGCACUUCGGCCUCGAUGGAAACCUAGAGCCCGUGCGGAGUAACAGUCUGCGACCGUCUAAUGCGUCUACUUGGGAAACCCAGUCCGGAUACGACACCGCGCUACAAAGCCCCGUCUCGGGAUUGUCUUUCAAUAGUGGGUUCGCGCCACGAGACCCCCGACGCACGCCAUCCACCAGGUCUCUCCGGCGAGUCUAUUCAGCUCAGUCUGCCAGCUCUGGGGGAAGUGUCAUCCGCCUGGCACAACCGCGCUCUCCAACAGACCUGCCAUAUAGAUACGUGUGA